AUGACCUCGGAAAACCCCGACAAAGAUUCACCAUUGGAGGAAACUUCCAAGGCCCCUUGGCCAGACCAAGUCCAGGGUUUCCCCGCUGAAAGUGCCACUCUUUCCCGUUUACGACGACGACGCUGGAUGCCAGGUUUCCCCGCUAGGAGAGCCCCUCGUUUCCCUUUCCUCCAACGCUGGAUGCGAUCCUCUCUUAGAGGGCCCUCUAAGGACCAAGAGUCCCAAUAUCAAGCACAAGGGCUUCUAGAUGCCCAAGCGGACGAGAGUGCCAGAGAUUUUCUUCAUUUUGAAACUGCGCCACCCAGCGUUGCCAGGGUCUUCGAAGACAUUGAAGACAGGAUCAGCGAAUUUCAGACCCAGCAAUCCAAGAGACAGACAACCGACAAGGCAGUUGAGGAUGAGGCCCUCGAAUACACCAGAUUUCUAUUCGAUGAAGACGAAAAGCGCAAACAGCUCGACAUGGCUCAAGAUGAGUCCAUCGGUCACCCUGCCAAGACGGCGCGCAUUGCCUCGACCGACCUGGAUCAAGUGAUUACAAAACCAAGCCCGGAUUCGACCAGCCAACCGAAAUCAUCCGAUCCCUACGACCCUCAAACGUCAUUUGCUCUCCAGCUCAGAGAACUUGUCAAGGAGUAUUCUGAACGUAUGGGACACUCAGAUGACUUACAACAGAUCCAAGAUGUGGCAUCAGAGAUUUUAUACUCUCGCCCAAGCAGGAUCAAGGUUUUGAGCGAGGCAACGAGCUCUGGAUCUCGGGUUAAAUUUUUGAGUCGUUUGCGUUCUUUUUGCUUGUUUUAUUUCAUGAUUUGUCUGUUAAUAAUUCUCGUCGUUCGAUGUCCAUGGCCAGUGGCCAUUUUUACUUUUCUCGUUCCUCUUUCAGUAUUCACAGAGGUGGUUUUAUCUGUUCCCAUGCUUCUUGGACUUUUGCUCUACUAUGACACCAUUAUCGGGUUUCUUAAGAACAAGAUGGUUUUCUUGACCUGGAAAUGUGUCUGCCAGGACACGCGUAUAGCAGCUGUCCCUAAGUCGUUCGCCCAACGUCUGGUGGAAAUUCGAGAAACAACCUUGGCUGUAUCGCCAACAUCAACCCCUCCAGCAUCGGCCGCUCUUAGUUCCUUCUCCAUACCUACCAGCUCUCUAGGCUACCAGAACAAUCUGCAGGCCCAGUCUAACGGCGGCUUCCAGCCUUUCUACCAACAAGGUCCAGUACCGACGCGAAAGAAUGCCGCCUUGACCGAUACCGUUCCCGCUGCCAUAUCUAUUCCAGUGACGUGCAGAUAUGUUCUCUUCAUGGUUGACAAGGAUGGACUUUGUCUUCGCACAAUCGAAUCUCAGUCGCUGUCUAACGAGCAGCUCUUUGACAGAAUGCAGCUGGAAUACCGCACGUUGAAAGGACCCAUGGACAACGAACCGCCGAUUUCCAAGCACGAGUUUUACGACCGCUUCUACAAAAGAAUCACGCCUGAGCAGCUCAGGGCAGUUCAUGGCAGGUUUUACAAUGACCAUGACGCCGUUGAUCGGAUCCCUCAGAAAAAGGGUCUCAACGACAUCGUCGCCAACGGUCGGCCACAGUUUUGGGGGAUCAUCGCCCGGGAGAAGAAGUCUGGCAGGAGGAUGCUCAUCUACAUCCUCAUUUCUUCCUUACCUGGCUUCAUAUUUUUCUUCUUGUGGUUGUUUGUUUUGGACAAGGAUAGUUUGCAAGAUGCCUCAACUUUGCUCUUGAUUUCUUUCACGUUGCUCGGUAUCCUCUACGCGGCACAACUGCUUUAG